AUGAAGUUUAAAAGGACAAAGGAUGCAAGUGGAGUUGCCGGCCGGAGCGACGAGGGCUGCAUCCCUUUCCCGCAGGAGCGGGGCUCCCGCCUCCAGUUCUGUUCCAGGCCUGACUCCUCCACUCCCUCCGUGACUCAUGUCCUGCGGAUCCUUCGCCCCCGACGCGCCCCCCAACACACAAACCCCCAGAAUCCGCCCCCAGCCUACAGCGCGACGUCAGCCCGCCCCAGCCGACUUGGAGGUCUCGGGUCUGAGUCACACAGAAAGACCACCCUCGUCGGCAUCCCCACACACAGUCCCACACCCGGCGCGCCAGCCUCCCCGCCUGACACACCAACGCCCGUCGUCUCCGCGCAACUUGUUAUGCUUCGGCUCGAGCCCUUGACCCAAAAACCUCCGCGAAACAGAGAGCCGCAGAGCCGGCCUCGGGCGGCCUUUGAUGGCUUUGUUAUUGUUUGGCCCUGCUCCCCGCCUUGGCCUCCCGGAGAGGCCCCGCCCCGUCCCCGCCCGCCGCGCCCUCCCCGCGCGCCCUCCCCGCCGGCGCGCUCCUCCCCUUUACUCCUGGCUGCGGGGCGAGCCGGGCGUCUGCUGCAGCGGCCGCGGUGGCGGAGGAGGCCCGAGAGGAGUCUGUGGCAGCGGCGGCGGCGGCGGCGGCGGCGGCGGGACCCGCAGCAGCAGCAGCAACAGCAGCCACGAGCUUCCUGCCCCGCGGCGCUGCCGCACAAGCCCCACGAGCCACUCACCCCGCCGCUCUCAGCGCUGCCCGACCCCGCUGGCGCGCCCUCCCGCCGCCAGUCCCGGCAGCGCCCUCAGUUGUCCUCCGACUCGCCCUCGGCCUUCCGCGCCAGCCGCAGCCACAGCCGCAACGCCACCCGCAGCCACAGCCACAGCCCCAGGCAUAGUCAUCGGCACAGCCCCGGCUCCGGCUCCUGCUGCAGCUCCUCGGGGCACCGUCCCUGCGCCGACAUCCUGGAGGUUGGGAUGCUCUUAUCCAAAAUCAACUCGCUUGCCCACCUGCGCGCCGCGCCCUGCAACGACCUGCACGCCACCAAGCUGGCGCCCGGCAAGGAGAAGGAGCCCCUGGAGUCGCAGUACCGUGGGCCCCUAUUGGGCAGCGGCGGCUUCGGCUCGGUCUACUCAGGCAUCCGCGUCUCCGACAACUUGCCGGUGGCCAUCAAACACGUGGAGAAGGACCGGAUUUCCGACUGGGGAGAGCUGCCCAAUGGCACCCGAGUGCCCAUGGAAGUGGUCCUGCUGAAGAAGGUGAGCUCGGGCUUCUCCGGCGUCAUUAGGCUCCUGGACUGGUUCGAGAGGCCCGACAGUUUUGUCCUGAUCCUGGAGAGACCCGAGCCGGUGCAAGAUCUCUUCGACUUCAUCACAGAAAGGGGGGCCCUGCAAGAGGAGCUGGCCCGCAGCUUCUUCUGGCAGGUGCUGGAGGCCGUGCGACACUGCCACAACUGCGGGGUGCUCCACCGCGACAUCAAGGACGAAAACAUCCUCAUCGACCUCAAUCGCGGCGAGCUCAAGCUCAUCGACUUCGGGUCGGGGGCGCUGCUCAAGGACACCGUCUACACGGAUUUCGAUGGGACCCGAGUGUAUAGCCCUCCAGAGUGGAUCCGCUACCAUCGCUACCAUGGCAGGUCGGCGGCAGUUUGGUCCCUGGGGAUCCUGUUGUAUGAUAUGGUGUGUGGAGAUAUUCCUUUCGAGCAUGAUGAAGAGAUCAUCAGGGGCCAAGUUUUCUUCAGGCAGAGGGUCUCUUCAGGUAACUGAUGGAAGCCCCUGGCCAUGGGGUUAUUGGUCUCCAUGGGGCUAUUAGUCUUCAUGUGACAGUCUGAAAUUCUGGAGAACUUCACUCUCCAGUAGAUGCCCUGACCCUUGGCUUAGAAUUGUAGGUGAGUGAUUUGCAUUUGAGAGCUGGCCUCAUAAAUCACGUGGUUUGCACUUGAGCUUUCCUUAAGAGGUCAGAGGAAGAGCAUGUGUGAGCCUAUUAAGAAGAAAAGACAAUCUGGCUUCCCCAGAAAGUUUGUUAAAGGUACCAGCAGAAACCUGAUAACUCCUGGCUGUUUUGCCAAGGAGUAAAAAGUUAAAAGCUCUUUUAGCAUCUCCUUUAAGUCAGCACCUCCAAAUAUUUCGGUACCAGUGACCUCAAUGUGGGUGGUGUUCAUGUUUGUAAGUUGGUAGGUGAGUUGAAUCAUCUCAUCAUGCUCAGUGGUGUCUCAUCAAAAUCUAUUGUCAUCAUCCUUCCUAUUUCUGGUGAGUGGGUGUUGUGGGAAAGGCCCCCACUAUUGAAGUUUGAAAACCACAGGUUUAAGAGAGUCUGUCUUUAGCUGAAAGCAGACUGAAGGACCCAGAUAUUAGUCAAU